UUAUUUUAAAAAUAUAGACGGUAAAUUCCAUAUAAUACAACAAAAAGUCAUUAUAUUGCAUUACACAAUGACAUAUUUAGUAGUAUACUCUUUCUAAUAAUACCUUGGUCCAAAUCAAAGAAUCAUUCAUUAGCCUGAGAUAAAGAAUACAACAAAAAUCACAAAUUUCUGUAAACCAACCUAACUGAAAUCGAGGAAUUACUCGUACUUUCCCAUCCCCAGUCAUCCCCUAACUCAUGUUCAAAUUCACAGUAACUAACAUUAUGAAUCACACCAAAAGUCAUAUCUUUCAAUUCUAUGAAUACGGUAAAUUCCUAAAUAACCCUCCAACUUUCCCUAUACCAUAUCUGGGUCAAGUCGUUUCCAGAGAUGCAUAGCAUCUCCUCCAUCCAUUUUCCCCCCAAUUCCAAAACAAUCUCUCUUGGCGAAUUAGAUGGGAAAAAAUGAAGAAAAAUAAGAAUGAAAAAAUAAACCAAAACUAUGUUAUACUUAUACUUUCGAUCUAGGGAAAGAAUAUUUCGGUAACAUAAAAUAUUUUCAAACAAUUAAUUUUAAAAUAUAUUCGAGGAAUUGACUCCACCUCUAAUAUUCUCUCCUUAGAUUAGUAGGCUGCUUUUUAACAACUUCUCUCAUAUAAAACAAUUUGGAAAUGCCAACAGACUGUGUACAGUCCCAAUAGCUGGAAGUUUUCAUAUUUUCUGCUGCAUGAGAAAAUGUGUCCAAAAUAAAUUCACCUACAUUUUGAAAUGUAUUUGUAAUAGAUGCAAAUGAAAAAAAAAGAGAAGUGACCAGACAGUGAAAGAGCUGUAACCACGAUGUGUGCUGUUUACAGAUAGACAGUGGCUUCAUGUGACAUAUCCUCUAUGAAAUUUCCAUCUGCUCUUUUCAAACCAUUGGGGUCAUCUCCAGGAACAGUCUGAAACACCAACAGAGGACUUAAUGAUACUUAGCAAGAACAAUGGGCGGAGGAUCUUCCAAAUCUACACAAUCAAGUACUACUACUACUACUGUUGCUUAUACAACCACUCAAUCUACAGCAAUCAAACCUGGUUCCACUGAACACCUUCUGGAAAACUGCAGCGUUGAUGCGAUUAUAUUAGCAUUUUUCUCAGGCGCAAUGGUGACACUGCUCAUCUUUGCAUUGAUCUUCUGUGCUAUUAAGGUCAAACAAAAAGUGAAACAUGAUCCUACCGUGUCACCAGACAGAAGUAAAGAAGUUUCCUCUCCCACUGGUCUCCACAUGCACCAGGCAUUAGAUGAAGGCAUCACAUAUGCUACCUUAAGUUUUGAUGAAAGAAAAUCCAUGGUACAUGGCAACAAUCAAGCAAGACCCACGUCUUCCUUCAUAUGAAUAUUUUCUCAAUCUCCUGCAUGAUUUUUAAUCCCAUUCUACACCAAUGUAUAAGAAAUGUGCCCACAAUGAUAAUUUGUUAACGUUUAUUUAACAUAUUUGAACAGACAAGUAUUAGAUCUCCAUUCAAAACAUUCCAGCAGAUACAUAGGGGAUAUACUUGAAUAAAAAUGCAAGGAAAAUGAUUACUGUAUUAAAGGAAAAAAAUAAAAAAUAGAUGCAAUGGUGUGCUGUGGAAAAGGUAAGUACACCCUUGGCAUCAGAAGCUGGUAUUAACCCCAUUAUCAUGCGCCAAGAUGGGCAGCCAAACUGGUAAGAAGCGUGGGGGAGUUCAGCUAUGAGGAAAGAUGAUCUGAACUGAAUUUAUUCUCUCUUGAGAAGAGGAGAUUAAUUGGGGGGGGUUAUG